AUGUGGGAAUUGGCCGAGCGGAUCAGCCGCCAUCCACAUCACGGCGAGGUCGAGGAGGCUUCUGAAGAUCGUGAGGUCGAGCUCGGAUCCGAAUCGCCAAAGCAAAUAUUUUCCGGAUCCGGCCACCAGUUGGACGAAACGAGGCCAAACUCGGAUUUUGAAGGAUCAAUUGAUCUUGCUCAUCCCCUUGCCCAUAACGCCGAAGCUCAUGUUCAACCAACAACGCCCAAGUCUGAGACUCCAGAAGUCCCGAAUUCCGGCAUCGACUUCUUGCCGGAUAGUGCUGUGGAGACAUUCUUCUAUCAAAGCACCCCUGACGGAGCUUCAGAUACGGCUGACCAGGCUCCGGAGUACGACUCGAGCUUUGAGACCGAUGAGGAGGAAGAGGGCCAGGUGGCCCGGGUUGUGCCUAAAACAAAUGAAGACCAUGGACUCGCCGCUGAUUCUGAUGCCUCGGAUUUUGACGGUGCGACGACUGUCACUAGUCUUGGGCAUUCGGAAAUACACUACGGGCCGGAGCACGAGAAUGCGCAAGAGGACGAGCAAGAGUGUGAGUACGAACAGGUGCACCAGCAGGAAUACGUACAUGAGCAAGAACGUGAGUGCGACCAGGAGCGCGAGCAGGAGCAGGAGCACGUGCAAGGGAAUGAGUACGGCCAGGAGCACGAGCAGAUGCUCCUGCAGGAGCACGACCAGGAGCGAGAGCGCGACUACGAUCAGGAGCACGGCCAGGAACAGGAACAUGAGCACGAGCAGGAGUUAGAGGGCUUGGAUCCACAGUUCACAUUACCGAAUUCUACAGAAGCUCCCUUAUCCCCUAAACGCCCGGAAGAUCUAGAAGAUUCUGAAGGAUCUUUGGCUAAUCCUCACUCUCCCACAUCCGGUGUUGUAGCCACAAAUCAUCCACCUACGCAGGAAAUGGGCUUUUCGGAUGCGACGCCAGUUCCGGAAGAUUCCCGAAUGGGUAGGACACAAAACAAGGAACCCGAUUCUGAAAUAACACCAGGAAGUGGCACCCUAGAAUACAGCCUAAAACGGGAGCCGGAAACGGAUAAGGGCCGCUUGGAAAUGUUGGCUAAAGAUGAAGAGCUGGAACCAGCCAAUUAUGUUCCUGAAACUGUACAAAGGAAAGAAGGGAGAAUCGAAGGGAAUGCCAGAAUGAUCCCGCCGAAACUCGACCAAAUCGGUGACCAAAAAGUGCAGAUAUUUGUGUCGACGGACAGCCCGACGGCGCUGGAGGACCCCGGGCGAGCAUCCGCUUUAGAUGACGAUCGGACACAGUUGGGGAGGAUGAAAAGACAACUGAGCGUGGAACGCAAGGGCAGCAACGAGCUCGGCGCCGACGAAACGCUGCGCAAUCAGUGGGGUCGCUCGGACACACUCCAAUCUGACGUGUCAAUGGUGUCCUCCGAGCUCGACCGUUCCUCCCUCAUCCGCCUCAACUACAACUCGAACGUCGACCAGGCGGCGUGGAAGGCAGGGCAUGUUGAGGUGGACAUCGCCGAGGUGGACCGCUUUUGGAACUACCGUUACAAUAAGGAGCUAGAUGCGAUGGUAGAGAGCAAGCAAAAACCUCCGAUGAUCGAGCUGAGCCUCCCGGAAAUGGGCGAGCAUUCCAGAAAAAUGUCGAAGGAGGAGAUUCUGGCGAAUAAGGCAAGC